AUGUCAUUUUUCAAUCUGAAAUUUUUGGUUUCCUUUUUCUACUGUUCAAUUUCUUUUCUCAUUUAUACAUUGCUCAUUAUUAUGUUGUUCAAAAAUUGGAAAGAAUUCAAGUCUGCAUUUUUUCACGUAGUUAUUGCUGAUUACUUUUUUAACCUUCUAACCUGGCUAAACUCAAUGAUAACCCUCCGUUUACCGAAUGGAACUUGUAAAGAUUGCCUUCUAUCCAAUUUAUUUGCUUCUUUGGGACAAAAUAAUCAAUAUACCGGUGGAUUUCUGUAUAUUUGCUAUUUUCUACACUUUGGAAAUGCCUAUUUUCAAUACGGUAUGGUCACAAUGAUGUCAUUGAAUCGAACAACAUCGAUUUUUGCCUAUUUUUUGUAUGAGAAGAUUUGGCAAUUUCUCUUCCCAUUCUCUCUGGGUACUGUAGUCCUCUGCGCGGUGUACUUCACACGGACAAUUCUAGUGACUAGUCCGUAUUAUGUGUAUAAUGAAGCAUUGGAUAUGUACAGUAUCAAAGCGGACUCGGACAUCCUCUCCGCCUACUCCAACGUCAUCAAUUUCAUGGCCCUUUCCGUAACCUCAUCUGUAAUUCUAAAUACAUUUUCAGUGUUGAAAUUGAAGUUUUUUAUCACUUCUCAAAGUUUAUCAACAAUUGAGCGGAAUUUGUUGUUUUCCACUAUUGCCAGUUCUAUUGUACAGUGCGCCGCGGCAGGGAAUACGCUUAAAAUGUCUGGAAAAAUCGAUAUUUUCAGAAAAUGCAAAUUGCAAAAACCAAAACUUUCAGUUCCUCCUCCAAAUCGAUCCAUCUCGAAGUACAGUACUCGGACAAGUUGCCCAAGUCUGCUCCCAUUUUUCAGCGAUUUCUUGACAAUUUCUCAACCGUAUAUUUUGAUUUUAAUGAGCUCCAAGGUCCGUCUGGAAAUGCUGAAAAUGUAUUUCGGCAAAUCGCCCAAAGUUGGCGUCUUUUUCGUGAAGAGUCUUGAACCUUCUAACUGGCUAAACUCAAUGAUAACCCUCCGUUUACCGAAUGGAACUUGUAAAGAUUGCCUUCUAUCCAAUUUAUUUGCUUCUUUGGGACAAAAUAAUCAAUAUACCGGUGGUUUUCUGUAUAUUUGCUAUUUCUUACACUUUGGAAAUGCCUAUUUUCAAUACGGUAUGGUCACAAUGAUGUCAUUGAAUCGGGCGACUUCAAUUUUCUUCUAUUUUAUCAAUGAGAAGAUCUGGAAAUUUUCGCUCCCAAUUCUCACAUUGCUCAUCGUUAUUGUGAUGACUAUUGGAACGCGUACAAUCUUGUCUACAGUACCCUAUUACACCUAUAACUCGGCUUUAGACAUGUACACCAUCAAAUCGGAUUCGAACAUCCUGCCCGCCUACUACAACGUCAUCUACUUCAUGGCAUUUGCAGUUUCCCUUUCAGUUUUCCUCAAUAUAAUCUCUGUAAUUCGUCUGAAAACUAUUCAAUCCAAAAUUUCAACUGUCGAGAGGAAUUUGCUGUUGGUCACCAUCUUUUCUUCGAUUAUUCAGUGCUUUGCGGCGGCGAAUACGUUUGUGCUCCAACUCGACCCAUCCCGGACCUCAAUGCUCGGUCAAAUUGCUCAAGUGGUUCUUCCGUUUGCCAGCGACUUUUUGACCAUUUCACAGCCUUAUGUUUUGAUUUUUCUGAGCUCCAAGGUACGGUAG